UUGAAAAAGGAAUAUGCAACAUUUCCAGUGAUACGACUCUUAUUUCUUAUAAUGUCCUCCUUAGUGUCCAAAGAGAAAAAGCCCAAGAGUGCAUGGUUUCGAUUCAGAAAGGAGAAGCAGAUUUGGUGAACUUAGAAGCAGGGCUUGCUUAUACUGCAUUCAUCAACCACUCAAUGAAAGCCAUAGCCAGUGAGAUGUACUGUGACCAUUCCAAAACCUAUGAAGCAGUAGUAGUAGUAAACAGAAGGGCAUGUGAGAGCAAAGAAAAGAUCAGUUUAAUGGAUUUCAAAGGCCACAAGUCUUGUCAUGGAGGUUACUCCACAGCAGUUGGAUGGAACUACCCCAUCAAUUACAUUAAAAAUUUAAUUAACAGUGCAGAACAAGAUGGCAGGAAAAUUGAAACUAAUUUUUUCUCUGCUAUCUGUGCUCCAUCAGAGGUUGAAGGUCUUGAUAUAUGCAGUGCAUGCAGCAAAGAGAAUGAAACCUGCUCUGAAAGGGGUAAAUACUCUGGUCAUUCAGGAGCUUUUAGGUGCCUAGUAGAGGAAUUGGGAGACAUUGCUUUUGUCAAGAGUGAUACUGUAUUGCUCUAUUCAAUGGAGGGGCCUCAUACCCAAUUAUGGUCAACAAAGUCUGUUAGGGACUUCAUGUAUCUUUGUCCGCAAGGAGGGUGCAGAGAAAUCAAUGGCUAUCCUGGAGAUUGUUCAUUUGGAGCCGUUCCUGCAGAUGUGAUAAUGGCUCAUAACUCGAUGCCCAACAAGAAGAGAGAGCAUAUUUUGGAAACAUUAACGAAUACUAGUUUGGCGGAUGCUCUUCAUGCCCCCAACAAUGUUCGCGGCCACUUAUUUAGUCCAAGUACCCAAGGACUAGCCAUGAUUGAAAAGAUCACAAGGCUAUAUCUGGGGAAAUCAGCUUCAAUCUCACAGAGCAUACAAAAAUUGAAUUCCCCAGAAACCGGAGCCAACUCAUAUGAAGCAGAUAACGGUUCUGAAGAAUCUUCUUCAUCUUCUUACAUUUGCUGUUCACAAGUAAUGACUAUGCUCGUACUCCUGAUGUCACUGCUGAUACUUGGAAUACUCACUCCAAAAUAGAACAAAAAUUGGUAUUAUUCUAUUCAUAUGCAUUACAAAUUACUGCAGGUACUAUUUUUUUUUUUUUGUGGUAACAUUGACAAAAAACUAGCAUGACGAGCUCCGAAAAAACAAAAAAGACAUGGUUUUAUAUUUAAUUCCUUUACUGUAUCUGUAGGUUUCAAUAACGAAAAGUAGUACUGUUCACUGAAUUCUUACCUUGAUAUUGGAAUUGAGAAAAUUUGCCAAUUUCAAAUGAAAACUAUUAACUUUUUCCCAUUUAAGUUUAUCA